AUGCCCUCCGACACUCGAGAGGGUACCCCUCCCACAACUAGUGAUGGCCGUUCCCCAUCUCCCGGCGAGAAGCGCUCGGCCUCUGAGAUCACCGACUCCGACCCGGAAGGAGGUGUGAGUACCGUGGGCACUGGGAACGCGCGCACCUCGGGAAACGCCAACCGAUCCACAUCUCCCACAUAUCCCACUCCCUCGAGCUCCGGUAACAAGACCGAUUCCUCUCCUUCCCGCGAGCAAUCGGACUCUGAGACCCUCAAUCCCGAUGCCUCGCCUACGAUCGAUGAGCAAGUGGCGGAGGUGAACGAGCUGAUGGCCGAGCCCAAGAAAGACGGACAGAAGGGAUACGUGGUCUCGAUGACUUGGCUCAAGAAGGUGCUCGCACGUAUGAGCUCUCAUGCCGACCACACAAAUGAUUCGACAGACAGCGCCAUCGGACCGGUUGACAACAUCGAUCUCGUGCUCGACACCGACCCGGCCACUACCGGUUUCAAGGAUGAGGCCGGCGACGCCUUUAUAUCCAUGCGCCCUGGUUUACACGAGGCUGUAGACUUUGUGAUUGUGCCGCAGCAGGGCUGGAAUUUAAUUCAAAAGUGGUACGGCUUGGCCGAGCUGUCGCCAACAAUUGUCCGCUAUGCCCACAAUGUCAGCCAACCUGGCGAUCCCGCAAAAAUCGAAUACGAGCCAUACCCGCCUAUCCUUUCUAUCAUCAAAUUGUCUAACCCUGCUGCGGGCACCACCCCGACCACAUUGAAGGAGAAAGACCUGCGUUCGGCCAAGACAUUGACCAGUCGUCAAACCAGUUUUCAGAAAUGGCUGAAGGAGGCCAAGGAAAAGGCUGGCAUCGACAUGUCCACCAAGGUCCGAGUUUGGAAGAUCCUCAAGCUUCCUCACAGUACAAACACAUCAGCUGCGGUGACUCCUGCUGCUUCCCGUACCGCAUCCCCAGCUCCCCCGUCGGCUCUGAUUCCCAGCACUGCGGAUAAAUUGCUCCUCGACCUGAACGCUUUCCUCGGACUGUCGGAGGGCACCCACCGUGUUUUGCUCGAACACGUCAAGGACGAAACCAACAACCCCAAAUAUAACGGCCGCAUGUCAUUGGACAUCGCGGGCCUGGGUUCAGCAGACCGUGUCGUUCUGGAGGAACAGGUCGGCGGGUUCAAGGGUGGAGAAUGGGUCUCUGAGGCAUCUGCCAAAACAUUGAAGCGUCUAGGCAUUCCCGUGGAGCUCAAACUCGACAAUAAGCCCUCUGCCCUCACCCUCGCCACCAAAAGUCCCCUUUCGAGCGGUCGAUCUACCCCCGUUGGGUGUGUUACCCCGAAGAACAUGUUCGCUCGAGGUCGGAAAGGUCGACGACCGAGAGUUCUGGGGUUGGACAACCUCGGCAACACUUGUUACAUGAACUCGGCGAUUCAGUGUGUGCGAAGCAUUGAGGAACUCACCUUAUUUUUCCUGAGUGGCAAGUUCAAGUCUGAAUUGAAUCCCGGUAACAAGCUGGGAUGUGGCGGAGACGUGGCUAAGAAUUGGGCUGGCCUGCUUGCGGAUCUCUACAACCCAGAUGCACCCACGAACUACGUGCAUCCCGGAAAGUUCCGCCGUGCCGCCGGUAAACAACGAUCCGAGUUCGCUGGUUAUGAUCAGCACGACAGUCAGGAAUUUGUAAUGUUCCUUCUUGAUGCUCUGUCCGAAGAUUUGAGCCGCAUUGGCCAAAAGCCGUACACCACCAUCCCUGACUCCACUGAUGAGAUGAUCCACGAUCGGAAAGCUCUGGAGGAGUUUGGGAAGACAUGUUGGGAGCUUUAUGAGUCACGUAAUGCCUCCGUUGUCACCGACCUGUUUUCUGGAAUGUACAAGUCGACUCUGAUCUGCCCCGACUGCCACAAGACUAGUAUCAUCAUGGAUCCGUUCAGCACUCUCACCCUGCCCAUCCCGCCUGGACCCCAACCCAUGUCCCGCAAAAUCAUAUUUGUGCCUCACAAGGGCUCUCCCGUCUCCCUCAAUGUCCAGCUGGAUGCUUUGGAGAGCCUGAGGAGCUGGAAGAAUUUCAUUGGCGAGCAGAUGGGUGUCGAUGGAGCGCGCAUUUUCGCUGCGGAAACCCACAGUAGCGCUUUCUGGAAGUUUUUCCUUCACGAUGACAGCUCCUUUGAGAGUCUGGAAACAACCAAUCAUGAUGUCCUCGUCUUCUUUGAUCUGGGACCUGUUUCAGAGUCCGAGGUUGAAGAGGUUAUCGUACCUGUCUUCCACCGGAGAACGGGCCCGCGCAAGAAACAGGCGACCUCGUCUUCUCUCUUCGGUAUUCCGUCCGUCCUGCGUAUCUCCGAGGAUGAGGAUCUCGAAGCCAUUUACGGCAAGCUUCUACGAUUGUCUGAUAACAUGACUACUCGCGAUAUCCUCAGCCCUGAGAAGUCUGUAUCAGACGAUCACGCCGCGGAUGACUCAGACACUGUGGUUACCAAUGAGGAUGAUGCGCAGUCGGCUGAUUCCAGGAUUAAGACAUCUUCUGUUGACGGCGAAGAUAGCAUCGUGGACAUUUCAAUGCAGGAUGCUCAGACAGCCAAGCCUGUCGAGGACACAAAGAUGUCGGAUUCCGACUCCGGGUCUUCCAAUAGCCCCAAGCAUCCUUUGGCUGGCAAGAUUCAGGCACAUUUGUUAGGUCUUUUCGAUGUCAAAGUUCUCAGCAGCAAGAACGGUUUGCCUGAUGGCCGCACCGUCGGAUCCAAAGACUACCCAUUGCUCUCUUCUCGCGAUGUAUCAAUUCAACCCUCGCUCAAGAAUUCCGAUUCUUCGUCGCGCGCUUCUGCUGACAAUAGUGAUGGGUACACCGAUACGGAUGGAUCGGACGAAGAGUCACCAUCUGCCACACAGCUCCUUCGCCAGGGCGAUGCCCUUGUUCUUGAUUGGAGUCCCGAGGCCUACGAUGCCCUGUUUGGUGGAAAGCAGCAUGACUCCGAAGAAGGUCGUGGUGCGCCUACAUACAUCAGUCCCAAGAAUGUCUACGAUCACAUCUCGCAGCGUCAAACUUCACUCAAAAAGUCUUCUUCUGUAACUCUUGAUGAGUGUCUGGAUAUCUUCAGCAAAUCAGAAGUUUUGUCUCGUGGAGACACCUGGUACUGCCCUGGGUGCAAAGACCACGUGCAAGCUACCAAGAAGUUCGACUUGUGGAGAGCCCCUGAUGUCAUGGUCGUUCAGCUCAAGCGAUUUGGGCAGUUGCGCCGCCAUCAUAGCAAGAUCAACACUGUGGUCAACUUUCCUCUCGAGGGCCUGGAUCUAACUGGCCGAGUCCAGGGGCCUAGCGAUGGAAAGAGCUUGGAGUAUGAUUUGGUCGCCAUCGACAACCACAUGGGUUCCAUGGGUGGCGGUCACUACACAGCCUAUAUCAAAGACUUCAUGUCUGGUGAUUGGUACCACUGCAAUGACUCUAGCGCUCGCCUCGUGACCAACCCUCAGACCAUGAUCGCGGCCAGCGCUUACCUCCUAUUCUACCGUCGCCGCUCCGAGCGUCCUUUGGGCAACAAGGAGCUGCAAGAGCUGGUCGAAGCCUACAAGAACCCUCCUGGCGGUGAAUCCGGUACUUCCUCUCCCUCCCAGUCUCCUACGGGGGACGGCCAGCGUCUUGGCGACUCUUCCCGCAAUGGGUCGUCGAGCGCCUUGGGCGGAGCCGGAGUAGCUCCCCGAGCGGGCAAUGGUUCGCCAGUCGAGAACCGGGAGGCGAAUGACGAAUACUCCACUACCGACGACAGUGACGCAGACUCUGAAGACGGCGAAGGUAUGAAACUCACCACCAACGGCCGCGAGACCCCCGGACAGGCAUCCGAUCCUCUCGAUUUCUCCCAGGAACCCUCCUGGUCUUUCGGCAACUUGACCGGCGCUCACGCUAUCUCACAGAUAACUCCUGGUAAUGCGUCACUGGAUGAAAGCGGUCUCUUUGACGAUGACGAGAUUGACAGCAACCUGGCCGUUGGCGACGAUGACUUGGACCCGGAUACCCGCAUGGCCGAGUUGGAAGACUCUCACUCCGUCCAGCCGGACGGCACGUCUUUCGAAGAUGUCUCUCACCUCAUGGAUGAUGACUCGGACGAUGAGCUUCCCGUUGUGGAAUUACGAGUCGGUGACGAGGAUAAAAUGGCCUCGGACUGA